AUGCUGAUCGAAGAGUGUCCCAUCAUCAACGUAAACGUGAAAGUAUGGCUGUUCUGGUCGUUCCUGCGGCGACCCCGGAUCUCUCGGUUCCUGGUCGGCUGUGUUCCGGUGGCCAUUCUAAACGUGUUCCAGUUCACCAAGCUCUUCUCGACCGGCGACAUGAGCGAGCUCAUCAUCAACGGUUAUUUUACGGUGCUGUACUUCAACCUCAUCCUACGGACAUCCUUUCUCGUCAGCAAUCGGCGGAAAUUUGAGACGUUCUUCGAAGGCGUUGCCAGCGAGUACGAGCGGCUCGAGAAAAAUAAUGAAAUUCGACCCACCCUCGAGCGGUACACGCGCCGCGGGCGGAUGCUAUCGAUAUCGAACCUGUGGCUGGGCGCCUUCAUUAGCGGCUGCUUCGUGACCUAUCCCCUGUUUGCGCCGGGGCGCGGCCUGCCGUACGGUGUCACGAUCCCGGGCGUCGACGUGCUCGCGUCACCGGUCUACGAGGCCGUGUUUGUCCUGCAGGUUUACCUCACCUUCCCGGCCUGCUGCAUGUACAUCCCGUUCACCAGCUUCUACGCGACCUGCACUCUGUUCGCGCUGGUCCAGAUCGAGGCCCUCAAGCAGCGGCUGGCGAAGCUGAACGCGUUCCGCCACGACCCGCAGGCCCUGUUCGCGGAGCUAAAGGCGUGCCUGGAGUAUCACAAACAAAUCAUCCAGUACGUCCACGACCAGAAUUCGCUCGUCACCUACAUCUGCCUGCUGGAGUUCCUGUCGUUCGGUAUGAUGCUGUGCGCGCUCCUGUUUCUACUCAGCAUCAGCAAUCAAUUGGCCCAGAUGAUAAUGAUCGGAUCGUACAUCUUCAUGAUCCUCUCGCAGAUGUUUGCCUUCUACUGGCACGGGAACGAAGUGCUGGAGCAGAGCCUCGGCAUUGCGGAUGCGAUUUACAACGGCGCGUGGCCAGACUUCGACGAGCGGGUCCGCAAGAAGCUGGUGCUCAUCAUUGCCCGCGCCCAGCGACCAAUGACGAUUAAAGUCGGCAACAUGUACCCGAUGACGCUGGAAAUGUUCCAGAAGCUGCUGAACGUGUCGUACUCAUACUUUACGCUGCUCCGCCGAGUGUACAAUUGA